AUGAAAUCAAAUGCACUAAAAACAGUAAGCGCUGUGUUCAAAACGGGCGACGGCGGAGCGGCGCGAUCGAGCGAUGCACGGGCGACGCUACAGCGGUGGCGGAGCGGGGCGACGGGAACAAACUAUUUUGAUUUCGCCGCUCGAGCGAGUACAAUAGUGUUGCAUUUUUAUCACAGUAACGCUCAAUACAAGCCGUAUGUGACGGCGCAGCCUGAGAUCGUGGUGGUUGAAUUAGAUGGGGACGAGGACUUCGUGGUUGUGGCCUGCGAUGGUCUGUGGGAUGUUGUGAGUGAAGAUGCCGUGGCCAUCUCCGUUUACGAUCAACUCAUGAGGAACCCUGGUGAGUUAUAUUCUAUAGUAUUACCUUGCAGCAUAUGA